AUGGCGCAAGGCUCGUCGGGUAGCAAUAGCGGAAAGUGGACGAUUCAAGAGAACAAGGCCUUCGAGAAGGCCUUAGCCGUGUUCGACAAGGACACGCCCGACCGUUGGGCCAAUGUUGCUCGGGCCAUCGGAGGCCGGAGCCCAGACGAGGUCAAGAAGCAUUACGAGAUUCUUGUCGAGGACAUAAUGUACAUAGAAAGCGGCCGAGUUCCCUUCCCCAAGUACCGCACGACACGUGGCGGUACGGCUUUGAAAGUGAACAUCACGACACUAGGCCCGCUCGUGCUACCAUUCAGCGAGCAGCUCUUAUUCUUCACAACCCUAAUCGCGCGAAAACUAAUCAACCAGAAAAUCAAGCCGUACUUACCGGAUUUCAAGCUAGCUUUCAACCACUUUUGCAUACACGCCGGCGGUCGAGCAGUGAUUGAUGAGUUGGAGAAGAAUCUAAAACUCGAGCCAGUCCACGUGGAGGCCUCGAGAAUGACUCUCCAUAGGUUCGGAAACAUUUCGUCAAGCUCGAUUUGGUACGAGUUGGCGUACAUUGAGGCCAAAAGGAGGGUCAAAAGGGUGGAUAAGGUGUGGCAGAUUGCGUUCGGAAGUGGGUUUAAGUGCAAUAGCGUUGUUUGGAUCGCGCUAAGGGACGUUGAGCUGUCGGCUCAUAACCCGUGGCUCGAUUGCAUGGAAAAGUAUCCCGUGGAGUUAGCUUAUAAUAACUAA